ACCAUGAUCCCGCCCCUACCUGCCAGUCAAAACAUCUGCUUCCGGUCCUCCGGCCGAAUUGGCAGCGAGUGGAACCUGAGCUGGCUGAGCCUUGUUGGCGGAGCUUUGCCAAAGAUGGACAGCCGAAUUCCUUAUGAUGACUACCCAGUGGUUUUCCUGCCAGCCUAUGAGAAUCCCCCAGCAUGGAUUCCUCCUCAUGAGAGGGUAUACCACCCAGACUACAACAAUGAGUUGACCCAGUUUCUGCCCCGAACUGUCACACUGAAGAAGCCCCCUGGAGCUCAGUUGGGAUUCAACAUUCGAGGAGGAAAGGCCUCCCAGCUAGGCAUCUUCAUCUCCAAGGUGAUCCCUGACUCUGAUGCACAUCGAGCAGGACUUCAGGAAGGGGACCAAGUCCUGGCUGUGAAUGAUGUGGAUUUCCAAGAUAUUGAGCAUAGCAAGGCUGUUGAGAUCCUGAAGACAGCCCGGGAAAUCAGCAUGCGUGUCCGCUUCUUUCCCUACAAUUAUCAUCGCCAAAAAGAGAGGACUGUACACUAGAGAGUUAUAAGCCACAGCUGUCCACUUGGAAUCUUCUAGGACAAGCUGGCCAGGCCUCAGGGAAGCCACAUACACUCUUGUAGAGUCUCAUACACUUUGGAGACUCCAAGGGGACCCUGUUUUCCCUCCUGCCCCUCCUAUUCUCCAAAAAGUAAAACAUGAUGCUGAAGAAA